UUUCGUUACGCCGGACGGCGCCCAAAAUCUCCUAUUUCCUAUCCCGCCGGCGGAUUAUCCUAAAAUGGUAUACACAAUCCCGAACCCCUGGCAGGCGCAAAACCGCGUCCCGUCGACUAAUUCCACGAAACAAGGAAAAUCGUUAAUAAAAAUUUUUUUUAUUAUUAAUAUUCCAGCCCAGCAAUGCAACAAAAAUAACGAUUUUCCAGUGGAAAACGCAGCUAAAUAUUCACCCAUCGAUAAUAAAAACCCCGUCCAAAUUAAAUUUACCAAAAAUGGUUGGGGUCCAAUAUUUGGGCAGGUAAAUUUUAUACACGAUUUUAAAUACGACCGAAUUUUCAAUGUCCCAAACAUCCCCCCCAUAAUCCCGCAGCCAGGAAAUCAACUCGAGGCUAAUAUAUUGGAUUUUCGCACAAUGGGUUUUUCUCACUGGGAAAAUAACGUUGCGCGUUUAAAUAACGACCAAUAUUUGGCUUUCCACAUAUUACCACGAAAUAUAAUCGUACGCACAUUGUUCGAUCCCAAAAUUAAUUUCAAAGUUGAAAAUGGUAUUAUUAUAACCAUCGUGUUCGGACUAUUAAAUGCGUCCGAAGGCAAAAGUUAGGCCCGGUUGGAUGUAAAAAAUACAGCUAAAUUCAAAAAACUUCAAAGGAUCGAAAAGAC